AUGGAUCGCAGGAUUCCCAAUCCAUGCUAUACCUGCCGCAACCGGCGCAUUCAGUGCGACCAGUCCGGGGUGCCUUGUGGCAAAUGCCAAAAGGCAGGGCUGGAAUGUCUCGAUAAACGGCCCUUCAAAUGGGUCAAGGGCGUUGCGAUUCGCGGGAAGUUACAGGGACACUCAUACGAAAAUGCGACUCCAUCUUCUGCGAUAGUGAAAGAUAAAUUUGUAGGUCCUGCGAAUCCAAAGCGUGCACUGGUACAGGCCUCGGUGCGGCGCGAUCGGCGGUUUGAUACUCUAGUGACCACCUCUGGCAGUAGCUCUUCGUCAUCCUCACCAGGUCCCUCAUUAAUCAUUCAAGAUCCAACCUUUUCAAGUUUGGAUAAGACCUCAAAAUACUAUAUCGAUUACUAUAAUGAACGUAUCUGCGAGCUUUUUAUUGUAUACGACACCGAGAGAAACCCUUUCCGAAGCCUCAUACCCCUCGGCUUGGAAAACCCCGUCUUAAUGAAAGCUCUCCUCGCCCUUGCAGCACGGCAUCAUGUCAACAAGGGCCAAUCUUUCCAUGAGCCAGAAUCACCAACGUCGCCACAGCUUGUCACUGCGAACCGCCAUGCGCUUGCCUUCAAGCAUCAAGCCAUGGAAGCACUAUCAAAGUCAUUGGCAGACCCCAAGAUAUCAAAACAGGAUACCACGGUGGCCAGCAUAUUUCUUCUGGUAUUUCUAGAUCUACUAGAGUCUGGAAGUGAUGGGUGGAAUUUCCACUUGGAGGGCGCGAAAAAUUUAAUCGCAUCCACUUAUCCUCAAAAUGAUUCUCAGGCUGGCAUAAAUCACGGUCCGGGACAGACAGUUCAAGAAAUUCGUGCUUUCAUCACCAAGCAAAUAAAAGUCAUUGAAACACUUGGAGCCACCUUCUUACGCCCAAAGUUAUUAUCCUACUUCGCCUCCUUCGAGCAACAGGAACUCCAACUCCAAGAAUCCAUCGAAAGUUCUUUUGUUGGAUGUCCAGAAUACCUGUUGAGCGUGAUGCAACUACUAUCCAUGCAAAGGGAUAUCAUAUCGGAACUCCGCCAACUCGGUCAAACCGCUAUGGAGUCACACAUCAAAGAGACAAAAUCCCUGCUUGAAAUGACACAGAAUUUUGACUGCUAUGCUUGGGCGUCUGGCCUGCAACAAUCACGUACACCUUCGCCAAGCGAAAUCAUCAGUCUCUGCUCGCUAUCUCGGUCUUAUAAGCUCGGUACUUCAAUCUAUGGAAGACGCAUUCUCGACGCUAUGACUGGAGAAAAGACAGUACUUGAUGACACUGUUGCUGAACUGCUGGGAUUGAUCGACUCAUUGCAGAAUGACCGCGUUAUGUUCAAGUGCGUCCUCUGGCCCAUCUUCGUCGCUGGUUUAGAGUGCCAAUGGCAACUUCAACGAGAAUUCCUUAUUGCCUGCGCAGAACGAUUUUGGGACAUUACCAACUGUCUAAAUGCAGUCAACGCUGCGAAGAUCUUGCAAGAAUACUGGCGUCAAGUAGAUGCCUCUGGACAAUCCCAGUCGCGGUGGAUCUUUGAUAUUGGCCGUCUAGGUCGGGAUUGGCUCUGGAUUUAG